UUAAAACUAAAUUUUAAUCGAAGGCGAUGCAUGUAAAAGUAUUAAAUAAUAAAUUGAAUUAAUAGAUAAUAGUAGGUGAUAAUACUUUGAAUUAUAAGUCCAACAUUAUGACAUACGUGCCAGGACAAUUUUCUGUUGUUGGUGGUAACAACAACUUUAUCAGCAAACAAAAUGCACUUUUUCAACACUUGAAUGAAGUAGAAAGAAAUAUGAAUAUAAACCGACAACAAGCACAAAUUGAUUCAAUAUGUGACGAACCCCAAGAUUUACAAAACAAAAGCGUAUCUACAAAAAAAUUUAGAGGAAAAGAAAGUAUUUUUAAAAGACCUGAAGCACCUAAACCUAAGCGUUUGCAUCCAAACAACAGACCUGAUUUUCUCAAGAACCCCCACAAAUGGACCAAAUAUAGCUUAGAAGACAUUUCAUCUACUGACAUGUCAGAAUCUAGUAAUGCAUCAGCAGCUUUUACAUUUUUAAAAGAAUUAGAAGAUAGACGUGAUCAAAACAAUAUGAAAAGUAUUUCAAGUGACGUAGGUCCUAAAUACAAUUCUUCAGUAAAAGUUAAAUUAGAUACUAUGGAUAAUGAUACUGACCCAAAAUCUUUCAAAAAUAUGAAAGUAGUUAUGCCUGAAUAUGUUGUUGGUCAAUCUAUAAAGAAGAAAACAGUUAUACAGAAACAAACGCAUACAAAAUCUAAUAAAAAGGAAUUGAAAUUGAGUCAUCUUAUGGAUGAAGAUGAAUGUGACGAAGAUUAA